GGAACUGACAGAUACAGACAUGGAGUACACACCUGUGAGAGUCCUAGGAGAAUUUGACCACCAGAUGGAGCGAUAUAUCUACCCACGUCCCAACGUCCAGGACAUAAAAAGUUCUGAGGUGAAGGGCAUGGGGGUCACACCGAGUCGAGGUGGAAUGCUGGUUGUUACACCGUUUAAUCUCAAAGACAGAAAAGAAAAAAUACUCAUCAACAGGGGAUGGAUUUCAAAGACAAAAGUAGACCAAAGAACAAGGUCAGAAGGACAGGUACGUAUACAAUAGUCGGUGUAUAAAGCACAUAGGAUGAUGGAAAC